AUGCAUUUUAAUGGGAUAAAGAUCAACCGCCAACUCAUCACAACAUUGUUGGAGAGGUGGCGGAAGGAGACACAUUGCUUCAACUUUCUUAAAGGCGAGAUGACGAUAACACUGAAUGAUAUCGCCAUCCUAACUGAUUUGCCCAUCGAUGGCGACGUUGUGUGUAUGGACUCUCAUGCACCAGAUAAAGUUGGAAAUAUGAGCGGUUGA